AUGCCAAUAUUCCAUAAUUCCACUUCUCCUACUUUCUUCUUGACGGAGGUCCCUGGACUUGAAUGGGCCCAUGUCUGGAUCUCCAUCCCCAUCUGUUGCCUCUAUUUAACUGCCCUUUCUGGGAAUACCCUGAUCCUUUUCGUCAUCCUCACUGAGCCAAGCCUCCAUGAGCCCAUGUACUAUUUCCUCUCCAUGUUGUCCACCACUGACAUUGGCUUAUGCAUCUCUACACUGGUGACAGUGCUGGGAAUAUUGUGGGUCAAUGCUCGGGAGAUCAGCUUCAAUGCUUGUUUAUCACAGAUGUUCUUCAUUCACCUCUUCACUUUCAUGGAAUCUUCAGUGCUCCUGGCUAUGGCCUUUGAUCGUUUUGUAGCCAUUUCUAACCCCUUAAGAUAUGUUACCAUUCUAACGCAUGCAAGAAUCGCACAGAUUGGUUUGGCAAUCAUUACCAGGGGGACUGUCAUUUUGACACCUCUAGUCAUACUUCUUAAGCAACUGUCAUUCUGCCGCAGCCACGUGCUCCACCACUCCUACUGUUUCCACCCUGAUGUAAUGAAACUCUCAUGUUCAGACACAAAGAUCAACAGUGCAUUAGGAUUAACUGCAAUCAUCUCUACUGCCGGAGUGGACUCCAUCUUUAUUGUGCUCUCCUAUCUGCUGAUCAUUCGCUCAGUUCUCAGCAUUGCAUCCAUACAGGAGAGGAAGAAGGCCUUUAGCACUUGCAUUUCUCAUAUCACCGCUGUUGGCAUAUUCUAUGUCCCUUUGAUCAGCCUGUCCUUUGUUCACAGAUUUGGAAAACAUGCCCCACCCUAUGUGCCCACCCUCAUUGCUAACGUAUACUUGCUCGUCCCCCCUGUGAUGAAUCCCAUCAUCUACAGUGUGAAAACGAAGCAGAUUCAGAAAGCUGUGCUCAAAUUUGUAUGUUCCAAGGGAAUUCAUAUUUAA